AUGAUAGACAACAAUAGGAAAUUAAAGACAGAGAUAGGAUUUGUGGGGCAGAAGAAACAUCAUGGAAGCGGAGAAGAGGAAUGGGAAGAUAGCGUCGUGGAAGAGCUGAAGACGGAAGUGUGCAGGGAAACUGAAGAAGAUAACGAACGCUCGUCUGUUCUCCAUCGCAUCUGUUCAUCGCUGCUGCUGUUUGUCUACCGUGAAUCGCCACCCCUCCCCUGCUCGCAGCCGUUAGCCUUCUCUCCCCACCGGACGGAUAUCGUCGCAGCCACAGGUAGCUCAAAAAUGGCAGCAAGUUCUGUUUCCAAAUGUUUUCGUGUGGGUCAUUCUUUGUUGUCUUCCAGUAUCCAAAGAUCAUCAUUAUCACAAGAAGCCACCUGCAACAAUCUCUUAACUCAGCAAAUAAGGACAUUCAUACAGAUGAGGACGAAUCUGAAAGUUGUAGACAACUCAGGGGCAAAACGGGUAAUGUGCAUACAGGCUUUAAAGGGGAAGAAAGGGGCAAGAUUAGGGGACACGAUAGUUGCAUCAGUGAAGGAAGCACAACCAGGGGGGAAAGUGAAGAAAGGGCAGGUUGUUUAUGGUGUGGUUGUUAGGGCAGCUAUGCAAAAGGGAAGGUGUGAUGGAAGUGAAGUGAAGUUUGAUGAUAAUGCUGUUGUGCUUGUGAAUAAACAAGGUGAGCCUAUUGGGACACGUGUCUUUGGACCUGUCCCACAUGAGUUGAGGAAGAAAAAGCAUGUUAAGAUAUUGAGUCUUGCACAACAUAUUGCUUGAAGGUAUUGCUUUGUUUUUUUACAAGGUGAAAUGAAUAAGAUUUUGAAGAUUUUUGGAACCAAAAGUUGUUAUGGUAUUAUUAUGAUGUAAUCAGUGUAUUCUGUUUUUUGAAAAUGAUUCUUGUGUUUGUUAGCUCUUAAUUGUGACAUGUACCUUAAUUCUAGCUUCUAAACGCUUGAACACGAUUUAUUAAAAACAAAUUUAACAUUUCC